GCCAGUCUGACGGACCGACUGGCGUUACCACCACCCUGCUGGUUUUUCUGAGUGUUUCCUCUCCCUCUCCCGUUCUGCUGCGUCCACACCGGCCGUGAAGAUGCACCGGCACCGACCUGCCCAGGGAUUGACGUUGUUAUUGCCGGUCGCUUUGUGGAUUUUCAGCCAUGUCAACUGUGUGCACGGAGCUUUGCCAACAACCCAUAAGUGUGAUGAGGCUCUAGCCUUUCCUCUGCCUCACACAGCCUUCACCAGCUCGUCGGUCUUCUCCAACGGAUACGCACCUGGAUAUGUCAAGCUCAACAGGAGAGGAGGUGCUGGUGGAUGGUCACCUCUGGACAGUGACCAUUAUCAGUGGCUACAGGUGGACCUGGGUUCCAGAAAGCAGGUGAGCGCCCUGGCAACGCAGGGUCGCUACAGCAGCUCCGAUUGGACGACGCGGUACCGUCUCCUCUACAGCGACAGCGGCAGGAACUGGAAACCGUAUCACCAAGACGGCAACAUCUGGGCCUUCUCCGGAAACUCCAACUCGGAGAGCUCAGUUCGCCACGAGCUGCAGCAGGGAAUCGUGGCGCGCUUCCUGAGGCUCGUCCCACUGGACUGGAGUGAAGAGGGACGGAUUGGUCUGCGCAUAGAAGUCUAUGGCUGCUCCUACUGGGCGGGCGUGAUCAACUUUGAUGGACAGGGUGUAAUCUCAUAUCGUUUUAAGGUGAAGAAGAUGAAGAUCAUCAAGGAUGUGAUUGCACUGAGGUUCAAGACGUCAGAGAGCGAGGGUGUGAUUCUCCACGGGGAGGGCCAACAGGGAGACUACAUAACCCUGGAGCUCCGCAUGACCAAGCUGAUGCUGCAGAUUAACCUGGGCAGUAAUCAGUAUGGCUCUAUCCUGGGUCACACCUCUGUGACCACCGGCAGCCUCUUGGAUGACAAUCACUGGCACUCAGUGGUGAUCGAACGCUACCGCCGUAAUGUCAACUUCACUUUGGACAGACACACGCAGCACUUCAGGACCAAUGGAGAGUUUGACCACCUGGAUUUGGACUAUGAGUUGAGUUUUGGUGGGAUGCCAUACAGUGGGAAGCCGGCGGGAGGCGGGAGGAAGAACUUUAAAGGCUGCAUGGAGAGCAUCAACUACAACGGAGACAACAUCACAGACCUGGCCCGCCGAAAGAAACUAGACACCUCCAGCUUUCGUAACCUGUCCUUCUCCUGCGUGGAGACGCACACCUUCCCGGUCUUUUUUAAUGCCACCAGCUUCCUGCAGCUGCCCGGUCGAGCCAAUCACGACACAAUAUCUGUCAGCUUCCAGUUUCGUACGUGGAACCCCGACGGGCUCCUCUUCUUCAGUAAUCUUGAUGACGGCACGCUGGAGAUCUCCCUCGAGGACAGCAAGGUUGCAGUUCAUAUUAAUGUGACGGAGGCCACCAGAAACCACCGGGUAGACUUGUCCUCAGGUUCAGGCCUUAACGACGGGCAAUGGCACGCAAUCCGUUUGGUCGCCAAGGAGAACUUUGCCAUGUUAACAAUAGAUGGCGAGGAGGCGUCUGCCGUGCGCUCCACCUCACCUCUCAGCAUCGCCACGGGAGGAACCUAUCACUUAGGAGGGUAUUUUCUGCAGACGCUCUUCCCACCCUCCCAGCGUUCCUUCCAGGGUUGUAUGCAAGCGAUUUUGGUGGACGACCAACCAGCUGAUUUGCACGCAGUGGAGAAAGGCACUAUGGGAGCUUUUGAGAACGUCAGCCUAGACAUGUGUGCAAUCAUCGACAGGUGUAUGCCUAAUCACUGUGAGCACGGCGGCCGCUGUAAACAGGCGUGGGACAGUUUCAGCUGCACCUGUGAUGGAACAGGAUACACUGGAGCCACCUGCCACACUUCUAUCUAUGAGCCAUCAUGCGAGGCCUAUAAGCAUCUGGGCAGGUCCUCUGACACCUACUGGAUCGACCCUGACGGCAGCGGACCCCUUGGCCCCUUCAAAGUCAAUUGCAACAUGACAGAAGACAAAGUGUGGACGACAGUUAUGAACAACCUGCCACCCAAGACUGCAGUGACUGGCUCCAGCAGAGAGAGACGCACCGUCCUACAGGUUAACUACAGUGCCUCUAUGGACCAGGUGACAGCCAUCACCACCAGCGCAGAGUACUGUGAGCAGCAAAUCGCCUACAGCUGUCGCAUGUCCAGACUGCUCAACACUCCAGAUGGGACCCCCUUCACGUGGUGGGUGGGCCGGGGCAGCGAGAAGCACUUCUACUGGGGCGGCUCAGGGCCAGGCAUCCAGAAAUGUGCCUGCGGCAUCGACAGGAACUGCACUGACCCCAAGUAUGACUGCAACUGUGAUGCCAACCACAAGCAAUGGAGAGAAGACGCCGGGCUCUUGGUUUAUAAAGAGCACCUGCCAGUCAGCCAGGUAGCCGUGGGUGACACCAACAGACCGGGCUCUGAGGCUAAGCUGACCGUUGGACCGCUCCGUUGCCAAGGAGAUGAUAACUACUGGAACGCUGCAUCCUUCACCAUCCCGUCAUCCUACCUGCACUUUGCCACCUUCCAGGGAGAGACCAGCGCAGACAUAUCCUUCUAUUUCAAGACCAGCGCGCCCUACGGCGUCUUUCUGGAAAACCUGGGCAACACUGACUUCAUUCGUUUGGAGCUUAAAUCUCCUAAAGUCAUCUCCUUCUCCUUCGACGUUGGAAACGGACCCGUGGAGUUAACGGUACAUUCGGCCACGCCCCUCAAUGAUGACCAAUGGCAUCGCGUGAUGGCCGAGCGAAACGUCAAAGAGUCCGUCCUUCAGUUAGAUCAGACAUAUCGGGCAUCUCAGCUUGCUCCUGCACAGGGGCACACACGGCUAGAGCUGUUCAGCCAGCUCUACGUGGGUGCUGCAGGGGGUCAGAGGGGGUUUCUGGGAUGUAUCCGAGCCCUACGGAUGAAUGGCAUCACCCUGGACCUGGAGGAGAGGGCCAAGGUCACGCCCGGGGUCAAGCCCGGUUGCCAAGGCCACUGCACCAGUUUUGAGAUGUUCUGCCAGAACGGAGGGAAGUGUGUGGAGAGGUACAACGGAUACUUGUGUGACUGCACCGACACCGCCUACGAUGGCCUGUUCUGCAUCAGAGACGUCGGGGGUUUCUUUGAGGCGGGAACACUGGUCAAGUAUAACUUCAUGCCCGAAGCCGUUGCAGGAGCCAGUAGGGACGCAAAGAUCCUGACGCACCAGCUGACGCCACAUGAAGUGAAUCUAACAAAGGAGGAAGUGGCCUUUAGUUUCAGCACAUCCAACGCUCCAGCUAUUCUGAUGUACGUCAGCUCCAAGACGCAGGAUUAUCUGGCUGUGGUUUUAAGGCAGAAUGGUUCACUGCAGGUGCGCUACAACCUGGGAGGUCUGAGGGAGCCAUUUUCUAUAGAUGUGGACCAGAGAAACCUGGCCAACGGACAUCCACACAGCAUCAACAUGUCCCGUGUGGACAGACACAUCACCAUCCAGUUGGAUUAUUACCCUCCAGUCAGCUACAGCCUCCCCGACGCCUCAGACACUCAGUUCAACCUGGUGAAGACGCUGUUCUUGGGUAAAGUGUUUGAAACGGGACACAUAGACCCGGUCCUCAUCGAUCGGUACAACACUCCAGGCUUCGUCGGGUGUCUUUCACGGGUACAGUUCAACGGCGUCGCCCCCCUCAAGUCUGCACUGAGAAGUGUUCCACCGGAUUCACCGACAGCCAGUCAGCCAGACAGACGAGCUGCAGCCGCCUCGCCCGUGUCUUUCCAAGGCAAACUGCUGGAGUCCAACUGUGGUUCGUCACCUCUCACCAUCCCACCAAUGUCUGCUGCCACAGAUCCCUGGCAUCUGGACAACACAGAUGCAGAGUUCCCCUUCAAUGAGGAGAGAGUGAUUCCUGAUGGAGUCAACAGAGACUCGGCCAUCAUCGGAGGUAUCAUCGCGGUGGUGAUCUUUACCAUCUUAUGCACUCUGGUGUUCCUGAUCCGCUACAUGUUCCGUCACAAAGGCACCUACCACACCAACGAGGCCAAGAGCAGCGGGGAGUCCGCCGGAGAAUCAGCGGACACGGCCAUCAUCGGCACGGACAACCCUGAAACCAUCGACGAAUCAAAGAAGGAGUGGUUCAUCUAACGGCCGAUGAGACUUUGAGAGAGGAAGUGAUUCGUCAGACCGUCAGGUGCCAGGAGGUUUUAUUCAAUGGUCUAUCGCGGGGGAGAUGGAGUAACAGGCCGUGCAAUAGGACAAUAAUCUCCCCGAGAGGGCAGGUUGUGGGAAAGACGAGUACAGAAAUCUUUUUUGUUUGUUUGUUUGUUUAGUUUUUUAUAUAUUCAGAGUAUUAGAAAUGAGAAGAGGGACGGUUAUGCAGCGGAGCACGGCUGUAAGAGACUGUACAUGCAUAUACUAACCGGCUUGUCCUUCUUUGUAUCGUGCUUGGGAGUUUUCAGGAGUCCUUUGAAUACUGUAUAUGACAAAUAAUUAUACUUACUGGGUCGUGUGAUAGCACAGAUUUAUUGCCAGUCUCUGUUGCAUUUUGAUUUUAUUUUUUAACAAAAGUCUUAUAUCAAAAAUGAUCAAAUCGACAUGCCAAACCCUUUGUUUUUAUUUAUCAGGCUGUGGUCGCACCAGUCUGUCAACAAUCACAUCGGCCGAAGGACAUGCCACCUAUAUUGUGGUAAUAUAGAGUUGAAUAUGGAUGCCAAAACUCACUUUGUAAAUACAAUAUUUUGUGUUACUUUUUCUUUUUCUCAAAAGAUUUAUUCAGAGUCCAGUACAUAAACACUAAUGAGAAAUGUCAGAUCUAUAUUACAAUAUCAUAUGUCUGUCCAUUACAGUAUUAAAUAUAGAGUUUUAUGUUUAAAUCUUAUGACAUUCGAUUGUAUGUGACGUUCCUUUCUGAGGAAGUUUCUUUCCAGCGCGGCGGGAAAUCACUUCCUGGUUGGUUUAGCUCAACAUGGCAGCUUUCUUCACACGAGCCCUCCGCUUGUUUCUUUGCCAAACACUUGAGUCUUACAUCAUUUACCGAUCGGCUCGGAUGUUCCUGUUAAAUGUUUAACUUUGAGUUGAGGACUUAUUACAUCUUAGACUGACGUUGGACUGUGGGUUUGCAGUGCGUGCAUCUGUGUGCAGAUUAAUACAGAAAAGACGCUUCACACAGAUGAGAUCCAAUAACUUGCCUGACGAUUAAUGAAUUUGAUCGAUGCACUGACCUCCGUGCAUUAAGUAUUUGAAGCAGCAUAAAACAAAACAAAAAUCAUAGAUACCUAAUAUUUGUUUAAUCUGGGAUCUUGAUCUGGGAAAGGUUGAUUUGAUAAUUGGCUUUCUAAUCCGUUGUGCCUUCAGGGUGUUCAGCCCCAGAUCGCUUAAACACAAAUUUACUACAAUAACUUGCUGCAUGAAUUCUUAAUAAUCUGAACAUCUUUAUGUUUCCUGAUUUGAGUCGUCUUCUCAGACAAAGCUUCACCGCAAAUGUCUCUUUCUCCUAAAGUCUGAAGCUUUGUAGUCGUGUAGGUUUGUACGCUGCAGGAGAAGGCACAUUAACACAUCAGAGAGAAGGAUCUAAUACACAGGUUUACACCUACCCUCUGUGACGCACGUACACACGCUAACAUGCAUGUUUUAUGGAGCAUGAGUGAAGGUUGUUCAGAAUGAGGAGGCUAAGUUGAGCUUCUCUCUCACAGUCCAACAUACGAGAUGCACAAUAUACUUUCUGACCAUCUUGUUUUCCCCGUCACCGUCGCGUGUGUUUACCCUUCCGUAGCAUUUACAGAACAAUGUUUUACAGUUGAAACCAGCUGCCAGCUUUGUUUCUUUGUUGUGAAUUUUCUUUCUGUAUGUCUGUUUGGUCAACUUGUUGCCAUGACGCCGUGUUACAUGAAUGAUUUUGUACGUCGCCUCAUGGUUGAGAUCACUUUAUCAGAUCAGGUGAACUCAGCCUGCCUUCUACCGCGGCCUCAAAGAAGACUUCCCCUGUCCACACAUCACAUCCAUGAAGGGAAAACCAGUGACUUUCCUUUUUUUAAAUAAUUAUAUUACUAUACAUAAACACACGCCCUCGAUAUGUGGUUUGAACAUAACGAUGAUAAUGAAUUAUCAGCUCCAGACAUGACCCAUAUGUUCUGCUUUCAGUUCUACUCAGUUCAAUAAAGAGUGUUUGAUCUUUAA